AUGUGCUUAAAUCUUGAUCUGCUGAUGAGCAUAACAAUUCUGAGUAGUAAUUACUUCAGCGUAAUAUAUUCAAAUGCAAUUCUGGAAAAACCGAUCGUUACAUGCGAACCAGAAAGAAUUCAUAUUCAAAUCCAAACGAAUGAAUCAAAUCCGUCGCAUAUUUAUGCAGAAGACCAUAUUGGUGAUCCGGAUUGUGCCACUAGGGACGCAAGUCAGCUCACAUUGCUACUCGGAAAUUGUGGUAUGACAAUCAAGAAAACGAAAAACCCGUCGUCUGUCAUUUAUAAGAUUUGCAUAACUGUACAGCUACACCCUGUUUUCAUCACUGAUAAUGACCGUUCCUAUUGCGCCCAAUGUGUUUACCUGGGUACAGAUAUCAUUGAGAAUUUUCAACAGUCACUUUCAGUAAGCGAGUCGACAUCAUCUGAUCUAGAGCCAAAAUUUGAUCUGGUAACACCUAGAUGCAGUUACCAGAUCAGGCGGAAUUCAAUCGAUGGACCGCUUAUACGUUACGCAUUAGUUGGAGAAACUGUUUAUCAUGUUUGGAAAUGUUAUGGUGAAAACUUUCAAAUACUGGUACAAAAUUGUUAUGUGGAAGAUGGCGAAGGAAAUCAUAUUUUAAUUAUCAGUGGUGACGGGUAA